GUGGGGGACUAUUGUAUAUUUAUUUAUUGACCCCUCGGAUACCCUCAGAUAACAGUAACUGUAGAACCGCAACUAAUACUUCAUUCCCCCACCUUCAACAAGCUCUUCUGAUAUCAAUUCUCCAAUUGAUCAUCUCUUCUUUGAAAUCUUAGAAGAGGAAAAGGAGGGGUAACAAUGGCCCAUCUAACCAGAGACGAAAUCCUCAAGUCAGGGGAGGUAAACCUCGAAUAUCAAAAGGUCUUCGCCUCCCGUCCCAUCGACACCACUCCCCGCAGCGCAGAAUGGUCCGACCUCCGCGCCGCACGCUCCGAGCCCCUCGCCCAGCUCCGACAACACUACAUUAUCCCAGGCCCAAUCCCAUCUCAAGUCAAAGAGACCAUGCACUCUAUCCCGACCCGCGACGGCGCCACGAUCCGCGUGAAGGUGUACCAACCCGUGCCCUCGGCUGUUGAGAUUCCCAAGGCAGGAAGCCCCGUCGUGGUGAUGUUCCACGAGGGCGGGUGGUGCGUGGGCGAUCUGUCGGACGAGGAUUUGAACUGCCGGUUGUUUGCGAGGGAAUUGGGGUGCGUUUGCGUUAAUGUGGAGUACCGCCUCGCCCCGGAACACCCCUUCCCAACCGGCCUCAACGACUGCUGGGACGCCCUCGAAUGGACCAUCUCCGCCAGCGCUUCCCUUGCCGCCUCCCCCACCCAGGGCCUCAUAGUGGGCGGCUCCUCCGCCGGCGGCAACAUUGCGGCCGCACUCGCCCUGCUCUCCCGCGACCGCAACCUGCAACCCCCGAUAACAGGCCAGUACCUCAGCGUGCCCGCGCUCAUCACCGGCAAGAACGUCCCGGCGCACCUGAAGACGAGGUUCACGUCGAUAUACAGCUCGUCCAACGACCCGAUCCUCAAGCCUGAGAGCAUGGACUACGUGCUUCCGAUCUGGCAGCCGGACUUGGAGUCCCCGCUCGCGGUGCCGCAUUGCCAUCCGGAUGGGCACAAGGGGGUCGCGAAGGCGUUUUUCCAGGUCUGUGGGCUCGAUCCGUUGAGGGAUGAUGCGGUGUUGUAUGAUAUUAAGUUGAGGGAGGCGGGGGUUUUGACGAGGUUUGAGCUGUAUGCGGGGUUGGGGCAUAUGUUUUGGUCGAAUUGGCCUGAGAUGAAGGAGGCGAAGGCGUUUGUGGAGGAUACUGUUAAGGGGGUUAGGUGGUUGCUUGAGAAGUGAUCGUUGUUCUGUGGAGGGCGAAUGCGAGAUCGGGAUUAGGAAGUGAAUGUAGAUCUAUGCAGAAGUUGUGUCGACCUACACGGAUGCCCCUUUAAGGAACUACAAUGGGCGAGGUGUUACGCGGUUGAAGAUGUCGAAACUGCGGUCAUUAGUAUAGAAGACACCCUAGACAACAGCAAGAUGUGAGAUGAGUGCGAAGACUAUGUCUUUUUCCAAGUGGUUAUUCUACUAUACAAU